AUGGAAAUCGAUCAAGGAGCUUUCGAUGAAUCACUUCUCGAUCAGGGACAAUACAAUCUCAAGGCGAUAGAGGAUGUUUUGAGGGUAGGUAGCGUCGUAGAGAGGUUUAUGGAGCGUGUGCGAAACAACGAGCUCGAUCUCAAAGCGGAUCAGGGAAUUAUGACCAAGUUCAUCCACUUCGUGACGGUGAAAGAGGUCUGGGGCCAGGCGCAAAAUUUGGUUCCAGAAUUCCGUUUCGACUUCCUCAGACUUAGCAAACACGACAUGACACCUCGAGAUGGCCCAUACGCAAUGCUCAACGAAGUCCUUCGAUUACUGAAAGAUAACGGUCGUUUGCCAUGCCUUACACCAAGGAAAAAUCCGAUGUCCAUCGAGCAGCGCCUGAUAGCUCGCCGUUUUAAAGCAGAGACCGAAUUUUUAUUGACUGGGGGUGAUGGAUACAAGGUGAGACCAGAGGGGCGCCAGGAGGGUGAAAGAAUUUUGUCCGAUGUGUUAGAGAUGUCGGAAAGGUCUAGAGCGCGAGAUGUUGGGGCAGAGGAAGACGAAGGCGAAAUCUUGUAG